CAUACAGACGCACGAGAGCUAUUGAGUUUCCCUUGACGACGUCUUCAGUGAAACAGCCUGUCAGUGGAUUGUCAGUGGAUGAUAGCAGUGUGCCAUUCAUCCUGGUGUCGGACAGUAUUCAACAGUGCAGCCAUGCCGUCUCUGCGACACUCAUACACGGUGACAGUACCGGAGGAACCGGCCGCUUUCCCCGUAGACAAAGCCGACCUGCGGCGCAAGAGUCCGCCGUUGUCCCGGUCCAUGCUGGUGUCCACAUUCAUGGGACUGAUCAUCAACCAGGCCAAGCAGAACAAGAGUCCUCAAGGCUUGGUGGGGCUGAGGAACUUGGGUAACACGUGUUUCAUGAACUCCAUCGUACAGUGUCUGAGUAACACUCCGGACCUGAGGGACUACUGCCUGAGAAACGUUCACCGCUCAGACCUCAACAACAACUGCAGGUCUAACGCCGCUCUUAUGGAGGAGUUUGCUAAGCUGACUCAGAGCCUGUGGACCUCUGUGAAAGACGACGCCAUCAGUCCCUCUGAUUUCAGAAGCCAGAUCCAGAGAUACGCUCCCAAAUUUGUGGGUUGCAAUCAGCAGGACGCCCAGGAGUUUCUACGCUUCUUAUUGGACGGUCUCCAUAAUGAGGUGAACAGAGUGACAGUCCGUCCUAAGAUGUCUGUCGAGGACUUUGACCAUCUCUCGGAUGAAGAGAAAGGCAAACGGAUGUGGAAUAUGUAUUUGGAAAGAGAGGACAGCAAAGUAGUGGAUCUUUUUGUGGGACAGCUGAAAAGCUCUCUGACCUGCACUGUCUGUGGCUUCCGCUCCACCGUGUUUGAUCCAUUCUGGGAUCUAUCGAUACCGAUUGCACAGAAAAACUCAGGCGAGGUGACUCUCAAAGACUGCCUUAGACUCUUCACAAAGGAAGAUGUGUUGGAUGGAGAAGAGAGACCGACAUGCAACAGAUGCAAAGCCAGAAGGAAAUGUACCAAACGAUUCAGCAUCCAGAAGUUCCCGCAGAUUCUUGUGCUUCACCUGAAACGUUUCUCAGACUCCAACAUCCGAUCCAGCAAACUCUCCACUUAUGUCAACUUCCCCCUCAAAGAGCUCGACCUGCGGGAGUUUACUUCAGAGAGCAGCGAGCGUGCCGUGUAUAACCUGUAUGCAGUGUCCAAUCACUCGGGGAACGCUCUGGGAGGCCAUUACACAGCUUACUGCAAGAACCCGGGGCUGGGAGAGUGGUACAGCUACAACGACUCCAGGGUGAGCCCGAUGUCCUCCAGCCAAGUUCGCAGCAGCAACGCCUACGUCCUCUUCUACGAGCUGGCCGCCUCCCCUCACACUAAAUAUCAGACAUGUCGACUCUAGACACUGCAGUCGAGUGAUGAACUGUCCUAAACUGGGGCCUGAAGAUGGAGUCCAUGGAGUCACACUGCCUGCUGGAGGAGAGCUCCAUCUAGUGGAGAGAGUCCUGCCAUUACAGACACUGAAUACGGAGCUCAGAGAGGUGUUGUUGAGAGAAAAACACCCUCCGACCUUCAUUUGAGUGUGUUUUUGAGAUUAAAGGGUGGAUUUGAAGACCCGUUCGAGGUUCAAGGACUUGAAGCUGGAACUGACACUGGAGAGAAAAGUGUAUAAAUUCAGCUCCAGGCACAGCUGAGAGUCAUACUUGUGCUUUUUUUGGAGGAUAAGAGGACACUCCACUCAGAAAAUGACUUUUUUUUUUUUUUGUUUAUUCUCACUCACAGAAACAUUUUUACGCAGCUGUUCCUGGAGUUGAAUUCAUAUCCUUCCUUGUCACUUGAGUGGAUAUUUUUUCUUUUUUUUAUGCACUUUAAACACGGACU